AUGCACACCUUGGACCCGGCGUCCGUCGCUUCCCUACGGCAUGCCAUUGAAGACUGCAUCGAUAACGCGAAUUGCAGGGCUGCCGAUCUUUUACAACACGUACCCUUGGAGAUUCGAACAGCCUCUUGGGACGUCAUCCUUCCAGGACCAUCAGACAACGAAAAGCUACUUGCACGCCGCGAGGAGGAUCAGCUGCGAAUAGCGAGAGGGUUCUUCUCAUCCAAAGAAUACGCGAGAACAGCCUUUAUUUUGGAGACAUGCACCUCACCAAAGGCCCGCUUCCUAGCGUUGUACUCUCGAUUUCUUAUGACCGAGAAGAAAUCGUACGAAGAGUUUGAACGAGCCGUCAAAAAGCAGCAGUACGGUGGGCGAACAAAUAGCAAAUACUAUCCACGACGACCAGUAAACACGAGUCUUUCCUUAAUCCUCUCUGCGAUCGAGGAAACCAAUGACCCCUUUCUUCUCUUCCUGAAAGGACUCCUCCUUCAACGAUUGAACCAUAGAGAUAAAGCAUUGGAGGUUCUCAUCCUCUCUGUUACAGCAUACCCGUGGAACUGGAGCGCAUGGCAAGCCAUCGUGCGUUGCAUCAAAGACAAAGCAGAACUCGCUCGAUUACGACCACUUCUACCAGUACAUCCUACUCAGGCCAUGUUAAAUCUCUACUAUGCAUCUCAAAUCCACGCGAUGGAGGAUGAAGAGCUCGACGAAUGCGACCGACUGUUGACCAUCUUCCCUGGAUGUCCAAUGAUCAUUGGCUGGAAAGCUCACUGUCUCUAUAUGAUGAAAGAGUUGGAGGCAUCCGAAAAGUUGUUCGAUGAACUCUUGGUGAAGGAUCCCUUCCGGAUAGAGGACAUUGAUAUAUACUCGGCAAUUCUCUUUGUCCUGGGCAAAAAGACCAAACUGAGCAAACUUGCUCGUCGAUUCUCCGGAAUGAGCCGUGAUCGACCAGAAGUCUGCUGUGUCAUAGGCAAGUUGUCUAUAUAUAUUAGGGAUCACUAUUCUCUCCGUGGUGAGAAUGAAAAGGCCAUCAAGUAUUACCGCAGGGCCGUUUUGUUGGAUCAGAAUUGUAUUGCAGCGUGGACGCUCCUAGGACAUGCUUUUGUGGAGAUGAAGAAUGCUCAUGCAGCAAUAGAAUCGUAUCGCCGAGCCAUUGAUAUGGCCCCUCAAGAUCCUCGUGCAUGGUUUGGGCUCGGACAAGCCUAUGCCCUUCUCUGCAUGUUUCAAUAUGCACUGUAUUACUAUCAACGGGCAGUUGCCCUUCGGCCGCGUGACGCGCGUAUAUGGCAAGAGUUGUCAGCGUGUUACGUCAAGGUUGAUAGACCACUCGACGGAGUCGAUUGCCUAAAGCGAGCGAUUGCCGUUGCAUCAAGAGACGACACUGUCAUCAAACUCAAGCUGGCGACGCUUUAUGAAACCUUGAAGGAUUCAGCUUCGGCGUCAAUAUACCACACGCAAUACAUGGAGACGUGCGAGCGGCUGGGAAAAGGUGUCUCUGAGUACUCGAGGAGCUGCAUAUACGUCGCCAAGCACCACGUUCAGAUCGGAAAGUUGGCCGACGUCGAGCUAGCAAUCUCGCUCCUGGAAAAGAUUGCGAACAGCAACGCGGAAGAGAACCAGCUGGCCAAGGACGCGCUGCCAAAAUUAGAGAAUGUGAGGCAGUCUCUACUCGAGUCGGAGUAG